AACCCACGUUUACUACGUUACGAGACAGGCGAGUGAAUGGGUCGUGAGACGAGGUUAUAGUUGGUUCGAAGCGCUAACACAGGGCAACGGCGCCGUGGCAGAGUGGCGCGAAGUGAGCCGCGAUCAAGGGCCGGCCGCGUGAGUCAGUCGCGCCGAGUGAGCACCGUGAGCAGCGCCCGAGCGCCAGUCGCCAGUGUUACUCUGAACGCCGAGCCAUUCGCGCACACCCGUCACUCAGUACGCUUUCUCCACACGGCAGCGUGCUCAAGGCAGAGCUGUUUCGACACGGCACUCGGUUGCGAAAGUGUGCGCGAUGAUAUACAAGUGAGAGCCGACAUCGGACGCCAGGGUAACGCUCAUCGCACACGGUGAGCCAGUUUGUUCGACGAGAGACAUUCGAAACUCGCCAGCUGUGAGGGACGGGGGGCGCGCGACGCCGUCGGGUCGUACACGCGGGACCAACCUUUAACACAUACUUACUUACUCCGAGAGAAGCAACGGAAACCAAUUUUUAAUGUGUCAAGUCAGUAUAGCUUAUUGCUGCUACGUCAGAUCGCUGAACGCCUCGAGCAAGAACUACAAGGUUAUGCAAAUGAGUUCUGAACGCUUCUAUACCAGGAAUAAUCAAAAGACCAUUCAUAACUUCAAUAAACUUUAACGUUUACGUUGUACCUUACGGUGUAUAAGUGCUUAUCUAUCGUUUCUCUACCUUAAAUUAUCUUUCGGUGUCGCGUUCGCUAAUUGCUAAUUACUGUGGAAGUCGAGUGAUAAGGAGUGUUGACUGAACGAGCAUUCGUCGUACGGAAAUCAGAGCUGUUGUAUCCAGCGACGACAAUGGCGGCCCAGCAGGAGGAGAGCCUGCUCUCGCGAUGCGAAAUCCCCAUCAUCGACCUGGCGCAUAUAGGUACGGAUGUGUGCCCCAUGAAAUCAGUGCUGAGACGCAUUGGACAGCAGCUGUUCACUGCACUCAGCACCAAGGGACUGGCGGUGCUCGUCAACCACGGUAUCGCUGAUGAAAAGUUAAAAGCAGUGUAUGCGGACCUGGACAACUUCUGUGCUCUGCCAGAAGGUUGCCAGGCGCAGUAUCUUCGCAACCCGGUGAGCAACCAUGGGUACGUGCGCCCAGGCAUGGAGCAGUUUGACACUACUAAGAAGGAGUUACGUCACUCAUUCAACAUUACCACGCUGUCCGCGUCAUCGAUGCCUGCGCAAGAGGAGGUGCCAGAGUUCACGAAACAUGCCAUCCCUCUCGCACAGGACCUCACCAACCUCUCGCGUGUUGUGCUGCAGCCCUCGCCUAUGCUAUCGGUGUCCCACCGACUUCGUUGCUGGCGUGUCACUCAGGUAUGCUGAUGGCGGAAGGUCGCAACCCUUCAACGAUGCGGUUGUUGUACUACCCACCAGUGCCGCCUGAAGACGUGGGCCCAUGUUGCCAAACCGACGCAGUGCAUUACACGCGUUGUGGCGCACACGCAGACUACGGUACUUUCACUCUAUUGGCCCAGGAUUCUGAAGGCGGACUCGAGGUGAAAUUGAAUGGCAGUGACAAAUGGGAGAAAGUGGGUCAUCUCCCUGGAGCAAUCCUCGUUCAGUCAGGAGAGUUCCUUGCCGCUUGGACUACUAAUCUUCUCCCAGCACUUGUAAGUGCACCGCGUGGUAGUACCCACGGGAGCGUACGCGCGCGCUCGCGGCCGUCACUGCGUGGCUUCUUCUGCCACCCAGACAACGACGCCGUGCUGCCGCCGCUGCCAUUACGCGCCGUGGCCGCCCCCGCGCCCCCCUCCUUCACCCCGCACCCCCACCUCACGCUGCACCACCGUCUCCUCAACGCGGCUCACCAUCUCCAGAAACGUUUUCGCGAAACGUACGCGUGACUAGCGCACAGCGGUGGCGACAAGCAACCCGUCUACAAAACGCAGCUUGCACGCCGCCACACCGCACCCUAACUUGCCGUGGUUAUGCAAUAUUUUCUAUCCCGAAAUUAAUAGUACAUUAAUCCUACAAUCAAGUUAUAAGUGUGUGAUUUGACAUCUCAAAAGAAAACUUUACUGACUGGCUAAUUAUAAACAAGAAUGUGUUUGGCAAUUAACGUGUGGAGGGAUUAAUAUUAUUAAUAUCGGGUGUUAUUAGAAAUCUUUGAUAUUACGCACAAUGCACUUACUCGUAUUGCACAGUGAAUCGUGACGAAUUGGACAUUAAGUCAUGAUUCCUCUUGCUAUUUUCGGUAAACAUGGCGUAAACUUUGGUGACAUGGAAGUGUAAUUAGGAAUUGAAUCGGCUCUAAGUUUGUAAUUUUACUAUAUUUUUUAUAUUUGUAUCUGCGAUUAGCAAAAGUUUUACAAAAAAAUAUGCGACUGAUACUCUUAUAAAUCGUGUAGACAUUAAAAGACCGUGGUAAAAUGUACUUAGUAGAGGCACUUAAUUAUAUUGAAACUAUCGUAAGGAUGCAAAAACUGAGGACAAUAGAACAAUAGGAUUGAAGUGCACAUUUCUCUCAUUGCGCUGCUUAUUAGCAUUUGAAUAAAGACCGAGCUCCCACGGAACUUGACUUCUCUGUUACAUUCUAACUGUAACUUCUGUACAUCUAAAAACAAACAAAUCUAUUCUCUUUACACUUUACAUGUUUACAUUAUUGUAUUAUUAUGAUUAGUUUCAAAAUAAUAUAAGAAGUCACAAAAACUACUUCAAACCUUGUAAAAAGUACUUAAUUUGUAACAAACCCUGGUUUAAGCAGAUUGCAAUUUUUAUCACAAUUUCUAUAUUUAAAAAGUCCUAGUUAGGAGUGUUGAAUUCCUUCAAUGUGUUAUGAAAUAGAUAAGUCGUAAGCACUAAAGUCUAGCAUUUAUUUUGAAAAUGUUUUUGAGCGACUCAACAUUUUACAUAAAUAAAUAAGAAGACUUAAUUGAUUCAUUCCCGGAAUUAAAGCAUUUUGUCAUUUUCAUCUAGAGAAUCUUAUUCAUAUAGACCUUAUCGCCAGAUUUUACUUGCUAGCUUAUUUUAUAAAUAUUCAUUUAUUCUUAGCAAUUAGCGACGUGAAGUCAAUUUAUAUAGUAUUCUGCUUACCUAUAUUCAUAUAUCAUACUUCGUGAUCGUGUUCUUGCUAUAGCAUUUUAUACCUAGUUAAGUAUGAAAUAUAGUUUCAUUUUCUAUUUAUUAUACACUGUCCAUUUUCACGACUACUUAUUGUAUUUAUUAAGUAAUUCGUGUGAUAACUUUGUAGCUCAAUUUUAUAUCUGUACUUAAGUAUACGAUAAUGUGUUCGAACAUCGAAACUGUGAGGGAUUGUGUGAGACAUGUAUUUACUGCCACACCCAGAGACAUAUGAUAAUU